AGGUCUUUGCUUCACUCUGUCUUAUAGCAUAUCACAACACAGAUGUGUGAAAGAGUGUUUUCUUCCUCUUUUGGGAAUAGAGUAAAGGAUGUCAUUAAGUCUGAUGUCAGCUCUCUUGCCAUUAAAUGAAUUUGUUGGAUCAACUAUUUUCUUUUUCCCUUUCAAGGCGAGAAUAGAAGAUGGCCAACCCUGAUAACACCGUCAUAAAUACCAGCAUUAAUCAGGAGCCACGUGAGACAAUUAAUCUAAGAGGCCACAUGAGAAACCAAGACUGUUUGGAAGGCCAAAGCAGGAGUAGGGCUGUGAAGAAAGAUCCAAAGGAAGCCUUGGUUAUUGCUGUGACGACCAGGACCAUUUUCAAUUUGGAGAGAGAGCAUGAAAUUUUCUUGACAAAGGGCGAAGAGGAAUAUGUGAAACAUCAGCAAGCAAAUGAGAACAGCCCCUUGGAGCCGGGAACAGCUUUUCCUUUAAUUCAGGCGUUGCAGUUUGUGAACAAGAAACUUCUUGAAAGAGACCCCAAAGAAAAGAGCCUCUUUGAUGUCAUUGUUCUCUCCAAUAACACUCCACAGAGUGGUAUGCGAAUAAUCAACAGCGUGAAACAUUAUGGUUUGGAAAUCUCCAAGUUUUGCUUUGUCAGUGAUGAGGAUUCUACCCAAUAUUUGAAAACCCACAAUGUGAAACUUUUUCUCUCAGCUGACCCAAAAGAUGUGUGCAACGCACUUCAGAGAGGAGUCUCAGCAGCCCUCAUCUUUCAGCAGGAGAUACAGGCUCCUAGAACCCAAUUACGAAUUGUCUUUGAUGGUGAUUCUGUACUCUUUUCGGAUGAGACUGAUCGUGUCUUUCAUGAGAAAGGUCUUGAGGAAGCGGUAGAAUAUGAGAAAAAUAUGGAAACUGUACCCAUGGGAGAGGGCCCCCUGAAAGCCUUUGCUUUGCAUCUUGGGAAGAUGCGCAAAAAGUUUGGUCAAGAGGAUUCUCCCAUCCGUAUCUAUUUAGUGACUGCCCGCAGUGGCCAUGAUAUGGGCAUCCGGAUCAUCAAAACCCUUCGGGAAUGGGGACUGUCGACUGAUGAAGCCUUCUUCAUGGCUGGAGCUCCAAAAGGUCCUAUCCUCUCCAAGAUCCAGCCCCACAUCUUUUUUGAUGAUAAUUUUCACAACAUCAAAGGCGCUCAGGAUGUUGGCAUACCCUCUGCAUUGGUCCCUUAUGGCUGUCAGACGGGAUCAUAGGGUCACAGUGUUCUGUCAGUUAAGAAUACCAAUAUUUCUAAGUACAGUAAAAGGGAUACAAACAACCUUUUAAAUGUACAGUGAGAAAUGUUUAGAAUAAAUUACAUUUAUAGAAAAUAGGAAGUGACUUUAUCUGAUCAGGGUAAAGUUCUUAUUGAAAAAAAAAAGGGGGGGAGGCGAAAUCAAUGCUUAACAUGUAGCAAAUUGGUUCUUUUAUUUGCCUGUGCAUCUUAUUUUCCAUUGAUGACAUUUGGAGAUUCUGUAUUAUUACAACAAAAGCUCAUUCCGAACAAAACAUUCUGGAGUUCUUUAUUGUUCGGGAACAUAGAGAAAAGCUACUUGCCUGGGACAGACUCUGCUUUCCAAGUGGAAUUACUGUAAUCAUAACAAUUCCAUUCCAGCACCUCCAUGAAAAAUUAACUGUUCUCGCUAACAGCUUAAGUUCCCACGUGGUUGCUCCUGGUGACACCGAUUUGCUGCAGGUCUUAUAAAGAAUGGGCUUUUCUCGUUUCUGGCUGUUUUAAUCCUUUCACGCUGUUUGAAUUGAAUGUAUCUGCUCCUGUUCCUGUAUUCUGUAGGUCUUCCAGCUCCAUUCUUUCCAUCUGUUUCCAGAUUGAGCUACUGAAUUAUGGCAGCAAACCAGUGGUUUGGCAGAAAAACAGGGGGAUGUUUAAACCCUGGCGUGAGUUUAGUUUAUCAGAAACCAUCACCACCACAUCUGCAAUUCCCUAAAAAAACCUCUCCCCAACCCCCAGAAAUCCAUGCCCAUCAUGUUGGUGGCGUAAUUUUAUUUUGUGAUUGUUGCCCAAAGUGACAGCCACUUCGCCCUUUAGCAACUUCCUUGGAAAUAAUUUCACACGAGACCUUGAAAAUUGUCUACUCUUCACACGCAGGGAAGAAUUUUAAAAAGUUGAGAGUGAAAUUCUGAAGUAGAUUUUUUUUUUAAAAAAAAAAAAUCAAACUUAAAGAAGAAUUUGAACUUACUUUAAAAUGAUGACUUUCUUUAGGCAUAUGUUAUUCGUUUAAAGAUAUUAGAAAAUGGAGCUUAAAUAAUUUAAAUAGUUCUAAGCGUCAACAUCUUGCCUAAUCUUGGAGAAAGCUAAGCAGGAUGACUUACAUAUAAAUCACUUGUUACCAUCUGAUAAUGACUCUGGUUCCAUUUCAUUUUUGUAAUUUUGUAGUUUCUCCUAUAUUCUCCUAUAUUUUUACAUUUAUUUUUAUUAUUGUCAGUCCUAUUAAACUGAAUAAAAUCACUACUGAAACGGUCAGUAAA